CCUCUCCUCCCUCACAUCACGAGCAACAUGGCGCUCCUACAACACAAAGCGCUCGCUGACUAUGCGAAACAGCUAGAUGCCUUUGAAUCCUUCUUGAAGAAGUUCGAGACCUCAAAAACAUCUUCAGACGCAGCCGCUGAGGCCAUCGAUAGCCUGCACCUCGAUGGCGACCACACCAGCGAUGAAUAUGACUUUAUGGACGACGUUACCGACAAUGCCAACACGAGAAGGCGGCCAAAGAGAAAAUACAUGGAAAUGCUUCAGGAGGUGGCAGACCGCGAGCGACAGAAUAUCCUGGUAGAUCUAGAUGACCUACAAGAGUUCGAAGACUCGCUCCCGGGCGACCUUAGCUUGAGGCUCGUAGAGUCAGUGACUAACAACACGAAACACUACGUCGACUUGUUCUCCGAAGCGGUAGACAAGGUCAUUCCAAAGGCCAGCAAGGAUAUCUCAUUCAAAGACGACGUCCUUGAUAUCAUAAUGGCGCAGCGAGCAAAGCGAAACGAGACAGUUGCAGCUGCCAAUGAAGCAGACACCGAUGCAGCCCUUCCGGUCUCGACAUUCCCCCCGGAACUCACCAGAAGAUAUACUCUGAACUUCAAGCCAUUGACAUCGUCAGUUUCAGACAGAGCCAAGAAGACUCUUGCUGUUCGACAGGUCCGAGGAGAGCAUUUGGGACACCUCAUCACAGUGCGCGGUAUUACCACAAGAGUGUCAGAUGUCAAGCCUAGCAUACGAAUACAGGCAUACACCUGCGACCGAUGUGGCUGUGAAAUCUUCCAACCCAUCACCUCCAAAAAUUUCACGCCUCUACAACUGUGCCCAUCCGACGAAUGCAAAGCCAAUGAUACCAAGGGCCAGUUAUUCCCGUCCACGAGAGCCUCAAAGUUCCUGCCGUUCCAGGAAGUCAAAAUCCAGGAAAUGGCAGAUCAGGUCCCAGUCGGCCAUAUUCCGCGGACAUUGACUGUGCAUUGCAACGGCAGUCUAGCUCGACAGCUAAAUCCUGGCGAUGUUGUAGAUAUUGAUGGUAUAUUCUUGCCCACGCCGUACACAGGCUUUAGAGCGAUCAGAGCUGGUCUUCUCACCGACACAUACCUCGAGGCGCAAAAUAUUACGCAACACAAGAAGGCGUACCAGGACCUAAAGAUGGAUCCACGUAUCAUUCGACGGAUCGAGUCGUUCAAGGCCACCGGCCACAUGUACGAGUACCUAGCUCGAUCGAUUGCUCCCGAAAUCUACGGCCACCUGGAUGUUAAGAAGGCUCUCCUCUUGCUCUUGAUUGGUGGUGUGACCAAGACAAUGGGCGACGGUAUGCGAAUUCGUGGCGACAUCAAUAUAUGUCUGAUGGGCGACCCUGGUGUGGCCAAAUCACAACUUUUGAAAUAUAUCACCAAAGUUGCUCCUCGAGGUGUUUACACGACUGGUCGUGGAUCCAGUGGUGUUGGUCUUACCGCAGCUGUCAUGCGAGAUCCAGUCACCGACGAAAUGGUGCUGGAAGGUGGAGCUCUCGUCCUUGCAGACAAUGGUAUCUGCUGUAUCGAUGAAUUUGAUAAGAUGGACGACGGUGAUCGAACUGCCAUUCAUGAAGUCAUGGAGCAGCAGACAAUCUCAAUCAGCAAAGCAGGAAUCACCACGACCUUGAACGCGCGAACAUCUAUUCUCGCAGCCGCUAACCCGCUGUAUGGUCGCUACAACCCUCGUAUUUCUCCCGUGGACAACAUCAAUUUGCCAGCGGCGCUUCUUUCUCGAUUUGAUGUGCUCUUCUUGAUUCUUGACACACCCUCUCGUGAGGCGGACGAAGAGCUCGCCAAUCACGUCUGCCAUGUGCAUAUGCACAACGCACAUCCCGAGCGUGAGGGUGAAGGUGUCGUUUUCGCACCCCACGAAGUGCGGCAGUACAUCGCCCAGGCACGCACAUUCCGACCCAACGUUCCCAAGUCCGUUUCCGACUACAUGGUGGGUGCGUACGUACGUAUGCGUCAGCAACAAAAGCGUGAAGAAGGCUCGAAGAAGCAAUUCACUCACACCUCGCCACGUACGUUGCUGGGUGUGCUGCGUUUGUCGCAAGCCCUGGCUCGACUGCGUUUCAGCGAGGAAGUGGUCAAUGAAGAUGUUGACGAGGCGUUGCGACUGAUCGAAAUCUCCAAGGCAAGCUUGUACCAUGACCAGCGAGCCCAGGGUGAUCAGACGGUUAGCUCGCGAAUCUACGAUCUCAUCCGUGGCAUGAGAGAGUCCGGCGCCGCAAGUGUCGGCAAGGGUGCCAGAGGAGAACUGAACAUGAGACGUGUGACGGAGUUGAUUCUCGCCAAGGGCUUCACGCAAGAUCAGCUUACCAGAACGGUGGAGGAGUAUGAACUUCUAGAUGUCUGGCAACUUGCCAACAACGGAGCGAGACUUGUCUGGAUUGAAGCUGGCGACAGUGACGAGGAUGAUGAGGAUAUGGCCGAUGGCGAUCAAUCGGACUAGAGAAUGAUGAAUGGUUCCACGGAGUUAGAGAGUUGUGUUUGACUUGAGGACUGCUGUGUUCUCAAUGUCCUGCUUGCUUUCUAUGCGGAUGCUCUAGAUGUAUGCUGGAGUUUGCUGCAAUAUCACUUUCGGUUCCUUGGGCUGUGAUAAGGCACGUUUCGGACGGGCUCGUGUCUUGUAGUGUGAGCAUUGGCCCUUGCCGGGAAAAAAAUCGAAUGACAUUUCAGGAAAAAAAUCAUGUUUGGUACGAGAAAGAGAAGGUAUGAGAUACGGGGGGUGGAUUGCGGUGGCGGGCUUCCUUUUUCUACUUUACUUUUCGUAUCAUGGGCAUCACGAAUCAUAUACAGGGCGUACUAGCAGUUGCACAAUUUUGAUACAGAUGG